AUGCAGCUAAAAGCCAGGAAGAAUCAAGGCGCGCGGAAGUGGUUCAUAAGCCGAUCCUCCAUAGGAUCUGAAGAGGUAGUUUUCUCCCAUGCGCGAGGGUUCGAGCCCUUCCUCGUUUCGGGUAUCUCCUCAGCCUUGGUCGGGCCAACGUUCGGUGGUAUCCCGCUCACACACCGUGGUGUAGCCAGGAGCGUGAUUGUGUGGGGAGGGGUGGGAGCAGGAUACAGAUGCCGGAGUAUACGUUGGCUAUUUUGA